GCAGACAACAGUGGCUGAAGGAAUAGUGAGCUCCUGAACAAUAUGCAGGAAAUCAGUGUAGCUAUAGAUUAUAGCCCCCUGCAUAAAUGACUGAAACUACAAGCUGGAAUUUUUGAAAAUUUAGCGCACAACAAACAAGCUGGUAGAAAGAUUUUGCAUUGUCAACCACAUCUGAAGGCACAGCAUAAUCAGACUAUAUCUAAAACCAAGAUAACUUGUGAACAGGACAUACUAAAGGAUCUACAAGAUUGGAAGAACUAAAAAUGGCAUUAGUAGCAGCUGACUCACAACAGAAUGUGGUAGCCAGGGUUGCCAAGCUUCCCUUGGUGAGUUCCACCUAUGACAUGGUGUCCUCUGCAUAUGUCAACACAAAAGAUAACCAUCCCUACCUGAAAUCGGUAUGUGAGAUAGCAGAAAAAGGCGUGAAGACCAUCAGUGCAGUGGCUAUGACGAGUGCUAUGCCCAUCAUCCAGAAGCUGGAGCCGCAGAUUGCAGUUGCCAACAGCUAUGCAUGUGUAGGACUGGACAAAAUUGAAGAGAGGCUGCCUAUACUACAUCAACCAACUGACAAGGUGGUUGCUAAUGCCAAGGAUGUAGUUGCUGGUGCAAAAGAUGCUGUAACAACCACUGUGACUGGUGCCAAGGAUACCGUUGCGCACACAAUUAAUGGAGUCGUGGACAAGACUAAAGAAGCUGUGCAGGAUAGUGUGGAAAUGACGAAGUCCGUUGUCAAUGGCAGCAUUAACACUGUCCUGGGAAGCCGUGUGGUGCAGAUGGUGAACAGUAGGGUGGAUAGUAUGCUCAGCAAAUCGGAGACUCUUGUAGACCACUAUCUCCCAGUUACUGAAGAGGAGGAAGCAAAAGAAGUUACCAAGGUUGAAGGAUUCGAAGUUGGAGUUCAAAAGCCAAGCUACUACGUUAGACUAGGAUCCUUGUCUUCAAAGGUCCGUACCCGUGCCUACCAACAGGCCUUAAUCCGGAUUAAAGAUGCUAAGAACAAAAGCCAAGAGACCAUUUCGCAGCUCAAUUACACUGUCAGUCUGAUUGAGUAUGCCAGAAAGAAUAUGAAUAGUGCCAACCAGAAACUUCAUGAUGCCCAGGAAAUGGUAUAUCACUCCUGGGUAGAAUGGAAGAAAAAUGCAGGCCAAAAUGAUGGUGACGAAUUGCACACUGCUGAACACAUUGAGUCACGCACACUAGCUAUUGCACAGAGCCUGACUCGGCAGCUUCAGACCACCUGCCUUACCCUGGUGUCAAGUAUACAAGGCUUGCCGCAGAACAUUCAGGACCAAGUUCAUCAUGUUGGGGCAAUGGCAGGAGAUGUCUAUAGGAGCUUCCGUUCUACUUCCUCUCUCCACGAAGUAUCAGAUACUCUCCUCACCACUAGCAAAGGACAUCUGAAGAAAAUGAAGGAGUCUCUGGAUGAUGUGAUGGAUUAUCUUGUUAACAACACACCACUCAACUGGCUGGUGCCAGAUUUCACUAUCACCGAUUUGUCCUCAGAAUCUGAUGAUAUUCCAGACAUUUUGGGUUUGGAUGAGGAAGACCAGCAAGAUUUUUCACGCACUAACGGCCCUAUCAGCAUGGGACCAAGAGCUGAAUAAAUAUCAGGCACAAAACUGUUCUUUUGAUUUUAUAUGUUUUUUUUGCCAUGUUAACUUAUAUUUCUGCUGUCUAAAAAGAAAUCUAUAUAGCUCUUGGAAUGUACAGUUUUGGAUCAAUUUUGUUUCAUUUAGCUGCAUCGAAAUUCUGAUUUGCAUCUCUUUUUUUAUGGAUUGCAUUUUAGCAUAACUCUAUAGCAUGGGUAUCAAACUUUAAUCCUGCAAGCCUGCUAUCAGUGUAGCCAGUUGAGGUGCACAUCUAUUUAAAACUGUUUUGCUAUUUGGUUUGCUUUCAGCAACAGCCAAAAACAGCACUUUACACAAAGGGCUGUCAGCAAAAGGAAACGGACUAGGAUUUGCUGAUAAAAGUUUCCCUCUUUUAGUCUAUGUUUAAAGCACUUAUUGCAUCUACCUCUUUGCUGCUGGAAAGGAUUACAGGCUGACCAUGGGAUCCUAGUCAGUUUUGAUGGGACUCUGUCACCAGAGUUUGAAACAGUGUCCCUCUAUAGGAAGUGUUUAUAAUGAAA